CUUCCUACUGUACUUCCUUAGCUGCUAAAGCAUGGCGGUCAAAAACAACGUGUGAAAGUCACAGUAAUCAACAACAUAGCAAUCCGUUGCAUUAUAUAAAUUUUCAAGAGUAACAACAGCAAUGCUCGUUGGAUAGGACGUUAGCUCUCUGAUGCAGGUAGCUGUUAACAUCGGUACGGAGGAUAAACAAUUUUCUCCAGAAAAGUCUGAGCAAACUUAAAACUGGAAGUUAAUACACAGACACAAGUAAAGUCCUAAAAUGAGCCGGUUAAAGUAUCCUGACUGAGUCUAACUGCUGUGCUGAUUAUGGAUGACUUAGAAAGAGAGCUGGAGCCUCACAUUGACUUAGAGAAUGACUCUGACUCCUCAGAGGACAACUCUUCAAAAGGAGAGAAGAAAUCAAAGUUCCCUCUGGUUAAACCCAUUUAUGGAGAUCAGACUCAACAGAAUGGGUUUCGCCGGACCACCAGCAUGUGUCGGGAGCGCAUCAGAGAAGCCAUGCUGCACCACAGAUGGGAGGAGGCAGCAGAAUAUAUGGUGUACUACCCCCAAAUUUUAGAAGACAGAAAUCUUUUCACAGCGCAGCCAUCUAAGGAGUUUAUUUGGAGAACUGCCACUGAGAUCUUUCACCAUCAUCCCAACUCAACAAUGGAAGAUUACAACACCAUCUAUGAGCGAAUGAAGCAUUCGGGAUUUAGACAUUACCUAAUGAUUUCUCUGGAACAUUCCUUCCACCUCCUGCUCCACCAGCAGAUUGAAGAUGCAAAGCGGCAUCUUGCUAGCGCUGAGAGUUGGAGGCACGGGAAAGAGACAGCAGCUCAGAUUCAGAAUAUUAAACUGAUCCAGGCGUACAGGGGCCUGUUGGAUUAUAUCAUCUGGUGUGACAAAAAGUCCACACGCUCCAGCAGCGAUUAUUAUGAAUCUGAUUCCAAUCAAACCAUGCAAAACUACUUCAGGCAAGCGUCAGUGAAUCUUGAGGAGAUUUUGAAAAAUCCAGGCGUCUGGGAUUGUUUCAUACUGAGAUAUGUUGAGGUAAACACUCAUUCCUUCCUUCGUUUCCUUCAUCCGUCCAUUUUUUUUCUGCUUAUCCAAUUCAGGAUCACAGGGGCGCUGAAGCCUAUCAUGAUGUAUUUAUGACUGUGUUUUUGUUACCUCUCUUGUGAAGCACUUUGUGACAUCUGUCUGUGAAAAGUGCUAUAUA